AUGGUCCCACCAUUAUCGUUUGUUUACUUGGUCUUCGAUGUCAUAACCAUCUUCUUCAUCUUUGUUUGUAUUCUCCUCUCCGUCUUCUCCCUCUGUUUAAUCUUCCACUUUCACCUCAAGACCCGAAAUUCUUGUCUACUGAAGGACUUCGGUUCUCUUUGGGCCGUCCGGACCCUCCUCGUUCUUUUUAUCUGUCUGUGGGCUCUUAGCGAACUCCUCCGACUCCCUUUCCUCCGACGUUACAUUUUCCCUUUAUGUCCAUUUUUCACCCAAACGCAUCAGGCCAACUUGUGCAAGGUCCAUAUCGUCUUGUCUCUUGGAUUCUUCGAGCCUGGGUUCUUGGUGACGCUUCUUUUUAUCGUCGCCAUCUCCGUCCGGAAGAAAACCCACGAUGACACUUUUGCCACCGCCGUCUGGCUCGUCCUGGCAUCGUGUUUUCCUAUUCUCCUGUUGCAGGUUUUUUUCGUUUUCUUUCAGUCCAAGGAGGCGAAAUUCCAUGAAUUUGUCCACAACGAUCUGCCAAUGGGUGCUGCCGUAUUGUGUGCCUACCCAUUGCUCGGUACCAUCAUCUUUGGCAUAUUCGGGAUCGUCUACGUUCUGUCAUUCUUGAUAUCGUGUUGGCGAGUGGUGUCCCUGGUUAUCAACAAGCGCUUGAGAUUUCGAGUCUACACGCUGGGAAUCGCGGUUCUGUUCGCUGUGUCCAUGCAGGUUCUUCUGCUUGGGAUAUCGGAGUCCUGGCAACCAAAUGAUCCCAUCUUCGAAGGCCUUACGUUUGGGAUGUUCCUAAGCGUGCUAGCUUGUGCUGUGGUGGCAGAGUGCAUCUUGGUCAUUAGACCCAUCGCCGACGCGUUGGCUUUGGAAGCGGGGAUGAGUUCCCGAUUGGAUAGCAGCAGCCGGUUCCACCGUGGAGUAGAUGUACACGUCAAUACAAGUAGUCAACUUGGGUGA